GUUCAGGCAGUGACGUAACUUGCUGCUUUAGGUGGCCUUCCGCUCUGGCGGCUGUCGCGACGGGGGUUCAGGGAACAUUUAUUGGGGCUCACCGCUCCCUCUGCUCUUGGAGGUGCCAUGAGAUCGGUUAGCUACGUGCAGCGCGUGGCGCUGGAAUUCAGCGGGAGCCUCUUCCCGCACGCUAUCUGCCUUGGAGACGUUGAUAACGAUACGUUAAAUGAACUGGUGGUGGGAGACACCAGCGGGAAGGUGUCUGUGUAUAAAAAUGAUGACAGUCGGCCAUGGCUCACCUGUUCCUGCCAGGGAAUGCUGACUUGCGUUGGGGUUGGAGAUGUAUGUAAUAAAGGAAAGAACCUGUUGGUGGCAGUGAGUGCUGAAGGCUGGUUUCAUCUGUUUGACCUGACACCUGCCAAGGUGUUGGAUGCUUCUGGGCACCACGAGACACUAAUGGGAGAGGAGCAGCGUCCAGUCUUCAAGCAGCACAUCCCCGCCAACACCAAGGUCAUGCUGAUCAGCGACAUCGGUGGGCAUGCCUACCUUUCAGGCAGCCAGGAGAGUGGGAGUCAGUGGGUGCUAGAGCAGACCCCAAGGGAUGGGGAUGGAGAUGGGUGUUGUGAGCUGGUGGUGGGCUACACAGACCGUGUGGUGCGAGCUUUCCGCUGGGAGGAGCUAGGUGAGGGUCCCGAACAUCUGACAGGGCAGCUGGUGUCCCUCAAGAAAUGGAUGCUGGAGGGUCAGGUGGACAGCCUCUCAGUGACUCUGGGGCCACUGGGUGUUCCUGAACUGAUGGUGUCUCAGCCAGGCUGUGCUUAUGCAAUUCUACUGUGUACCUGGAAAAAGGACACUGGGUCCCCUCCUGCCUCUGAAGGGCCCACGGAUGGCAGUAGGGAGACCCCAGCUACCCGAGAUGUGGUGCUGCACCAGACAUCUGGCCGUAUCCACAACAAGAAUGUCUCCACUCACCUAAUUGGCAACAUCAAACAAGGCCACGGCACUGAGAGUGGUGGCUCUGGCCUCUUUGCCCUGUGCACCCUGGAUGGGACACUGAAGCUCAUGGAAGAAAUGGAAGAAGCAGACAAGCUGCUGUGGUCAGUGCAAGUGGAUCACCAGCUCUUUGCCCUGGAGAAACUGGAUGUCACCGGCAACGGGCAUGAGGAGGUAGUUGCAUGCGCCUGGGAUGGACAGACGUACAUCAUUGACCACAACCGCACCGUUGUCCGCUUCCAAGUGGAUGAAAAUAUCCGUGCCUUCUGUGCAGGCCUGUAUGCCUGCAAAGAGGGCCGUAACAGCCCCUGCCUCGUAUAUGUCACUUUCAACCAGAAGAUCUAUGUGUACUGGGAGGUGCAGCUGGAGCGGAUGGAGUCUACCAAUCUGCUGAAACUGCUGGAAACCAAGCCAGAGUACCACAGCCUGCUGCAGGAGCUGGGUGUGGAUCCUGACGACCUCCCUGUGACUCGUGCCCUGCUUCACCAAACGCUCUACCAUCCAGACCAGCCGCCACAGUGUGCUCCCUCAAGCCUCCAAGAUCCCACCUAGCCAUACUGGCCUCAGAGCUGGUGAAGGAUUCUUCCGAACCCCCACCCUACCCCCUAAAGAAUGCGGACCCAGAAUGAUUGGAGAGCAAGAAGACAGCAAUCCAGGUAGAAGCAGCACAGAGCAAAGACGGUGGCCCAGGACCAACGGGAAUUUAUUGGGAACGUUCAGUAGUGACUGAGUGGUUACAUGGUUCCAGAGAUUACAGGACCAAUGCCUUAGAACACAUGAGUUUUUUCCAGAAUUACGUUAUCCAUGCACGCACACCAUUCGUCUGUGUAGAGUACACUGAGGAGUACUUAAUUUAAGUACUGUAUUUUGACCAAGGAAAGGGGGCAGAGUAAUGAUGGUGACAGAUGGAGUUGCACCGAAGAAAGAUGGGUUGGGGCAGGGAGGAAGGAGGUAGAGGAUCCUGGUUAGGUCCAAGCUAGGGAGAGAGCUGUCCUUUCUCCCUCCUUCCCUCUGCCAUCAGGACAGAAAGGAGAGCAGGUGAAGCGAGCGCAGGCAGGGUUGUUAAUGAAAGUGUGUCCCUGGGAGGCCUCUCACCUUGCAGUUGACCAGAAGAGCUGGAAUCUCUGUCCUGCUGGUCUUCCUCCUGAUCUCCUGGCCAUGAAUCAGGGCCUGCACCCGGGGAGACUCCCCCUGAAGCCAGUUCGGGUUUCCCUCUACCAGGCGUCUUUGUAUCACACUGUGCGGCUGCUGGCUCCAUCAUGAAACAAUGAAGACGGGAUCUUGCUAAGCUGCCCAGACUGGACUCUAAUUCCUUGGCUCAAGGCAUUCUCUAGCCUCAGCCUCCCAAGCAGCCAGGACCACAAGCGUAUGCCACAGCACCUGGCCUCCAUCCUUCCUUUCUGUUACUGCGUGUGUUCCACACUCCCCGCAGCUCUCUUGGAUCCCUCAAAUACCUUCUUAAGUUCAUAACCUGUCUCCAGACCUGUUACCUUUCAAAUACAUCUGCUUGGAGCUUCAGACUGGAAGCUAAAAACCUUGCUACUCCAAAAUGUGGUCCUCAGAUCAGCAACUUUAACAUCAUUUCGAAGCCUCUUAAAAAUGCAGACUCUCAUACCUACUGAAUCAGAUGUUUCAUUGUGACAAGAUCCCCAGGUGAUUCAUGUGCAGGUUAAAGUUUGAGAAGCACCAAAGUAAAACAUGAAACUAA